AUGUCCAAGUCAAUCGUCAACCGAACCCCCUACCCCUUCUCCUUCCCCCCUCUAUCCCCAAACACAUCCCUCUCCCUCCCAAACACCCGAGGCCGCCUCCCCAGCAUACAAGCCUCCCGCCUGCGCAGCAUGAUCCUAGACGCGCACAGCUCCCCAACCAAGAUCCUCGCACACGUCUGCAGCUACGACGCCCUGACCUCGAAGCUGUGCGAAGACGCCGGCUUCCCGCUCGUGUUUCUGGCCGGGUACGCAAUGGCGAGCUCGCUUGCCCUGCCUGAUACAGGGUACAUUGCCUUCCCGGAAGUCGCGGCGAAGGUCCAGGAGGUUGUGCGGGUUGUGGAUGUUCCUGUCCUCGUUGAUGGGGAUACGGGGUAUGGGGGGCCGAUGAAUGUUAGGAGGACUGUGCAGGGGUUCGCGCAUGCAGGCGCAGCUGGGGUCAUGAUUGAAGACCAAACCUGGCCUAAACGCUGCGGCCACACAAAAGGUAAAUCCGUGGUAAGCCGGUCCGAAGCCUACGCACGGUGGCGGGCAGCGGUCGACGCCCGGAACGAAGGAUUGGAUAUCUGGAUCCUAGCACGCACAGACUCCUUUAUCCACGGAUACGACGAGGCAGUGACGCGGGCCCGCGAAGCUAUAGCGAUCGGCGUUGACUGUGUCUUUGUCGAGGCACUUCCUGAUAAGGAGACCAUGGCCAGGCUAAGGGCUGAUUUAGAUUUCCCUGUCUUGGGGAAUAUAAUUGAGGGCGGCAAGACGGAGAAUGUUUCGGCUAAGGAGCUGGGCGAGAUUGGGUACAGUGCUGUUGCGUAUCCGUGGACGCUUGUUGCGGCGAAGUUGAGGAGUGUGAGGGAGGCAUUGGAGGGGAUUAAGGAGAGCUUUUUGGUGGGAGGGCCGCCGGUUGUGCUGGGGUAUGAGGAGGUCUGUGAAGGGGUUGGUUUUAACAGAUAUUAUGAGGUUGAGGAGAGAUAUCAGUUUGAGGGCUCGACGACGGGGAGUAGGGGGUAUCAGUGGGAGGGCCAUACACAUAGGUGA